UGCAGGGUUCUGACCAGUCAGUCGCCUUUGAUUAUCAGUUGCCAGCAGCCCCUCUCUUGGCUCCUUGACACGAGCACCAUAUAAGGCGCAGCGAUCUCCAUAGAAACGUGUCAGUUUCAAUAGUAGUGUCAAAGUUCACUAUAUACAGACAUUCGCGCAGAUCUCUGCUUCGGAAACAUUGCUCCGCUGGUCUUCCCGUUGAAACGCAUUCAUUUUUGGGUCUCUGCUUCUUGCAUAUUCUAUUAGUUGUUGUUUUUUCCUUUUAUCCGCGCUCCGGUCCUGCCGGGGAGGUGAAACUACACAUCCACUCUGGCGGUGUUGUUUUUUGCGGGUCCAGAUGAGCUUUAUUCAUGAUCAUAGAUAGAGAAUCCCGCUCUUCAGUUUUUCCUCCUCUUCAGCCGCGAAGACGGAGAAAGGAGCAGAAGAAGAAACAGCACGGAAUUAAUUUCACACAGCACUUUGGAUCGUGUCUCCGUCCGGGAGCAUUUAUUUUUAUUUCGUUGACAUUGUGAAGAUUUCCUGCCUUCCUGAAAGCUAUUACCAACGAACUGAUUUUACUGCGUCUGGGUCGCUUUAUUUCUACAAGAUUGGUUUCCCGAAUGGCUGACUGCAAUUUCCCCUGGAACUGGCCUCCCGACACUUGCAUAUCCUGAUCGGGUGCCUGUCUAUUGCUUCUUGUUUUUGAAUAUAUUGAUCGCUCGCUGCUUCUACUUUUCUCUGUGAGAUUGGUUCCUCCGAAUUGACUUUACAGUGUCGUGCGUUUACCCUUUCCCUUUUACCAGCUCUAAUAUCCGAGCGACCAGUUCGCUUGAAAGCACUUUUCGGGCCCGAGAUAUGGCAAUGGUAGUUAGCGUCUGGCGAGAUCCGCAGGAAGACGUGGCCGGAGGACCUCCGAGCGGCCCCAAUCCAGCAGCUCAGCCGGCAAGAGAGCAACAGCAGGCGGCGUCAGCAGCACCGCACACUCCGCAGACCCCCAGUCAGCCAGGACCCCCUUCAACACCGGGGACUGCUGGCGAGAAAGGGCAGACCCAGAAUUCUGGACAACAGCAUAUAGAAUGUGUUGUUUGCGGGGACAAAUCGAGUGGCAAGCACUAUGGCCAAUUCACCUGCGAGGGAUGCAAAAGUUUCUUCAAGAGGAGUGUCCGAAGGAACUUAACAUAUACAUGUCGUGCCAACAGAAACUGUCCCAUUGACCAGCACCAUCGAAAUCAGUGCCAAUACUGUCGGCUCAAGAAAUGCUUGAAAGUGGGAAUGCGCCGGGAAGCGGUUCAGCGAGGACGAAUGCCUCCAACCCAACCGAACCCAGGCCAGUACGCGCUAACCAACGGGGAUCCCCUGAACGGUCAUUGCUAUCUCUCCGGAUACAUCUCAUUACUGCUUCGGGCCGAGCCUUACCCCACGUCCCGAUAUGGCAGCCAGUGCAUGCAGCCCAAUAAUAUCAUGGGAAUCGAGAAUAUCUGCGAGCUAGCGGCUCGCCUGCUCUUCAGUGCCGUGGAAUGGGCAAGGAACAUCCCUUUCUUUCCAGACCUGCAAAUCACCGACCAGGUGUCCCUACUCAGACUGACAUGGAGCGAGUUGUUUGUGCUUAACGCGGCGCAGUGCUCCAUGCCCCUACACGUGGCUCCACUGUUAGCCGCCGCUGGCCUCCAUGCCUCGCCGAUGUCUGCGGACCGGGUCGUGGCUUUCAUGGAUCACAUUCGAAUCUUCCAGGAGCAGGUCGAGAAGCUAAAGGCUCUACACGUCGACUCGGCAGAGUACAGCUGUAUCAAGGCAAUAGUGCUCUUCACAUCAGACGCCUGUGGCCUGUCAGACGCGGCUCACAUUGAAAGCCUGCAAGAGAAAUCUCAGUGCGCCUUGGAGGAAUACGUGAGAAGUCAGUACCCGAACCAGCCCAGCCGCUUUGGGAAGCUCUUGCUUCGGUUGCCCUCUCUUCGCACCGUCUCCUCUUCGGUAAUUGAACAGCUGUUUUUCGUCCGCUUGGUAGGUAAAACUCCCAUUGAAACCCUCAUCAGGGAUAUGUUAUUAUCCGGGAGCAGCUUCAACUGGCCUUACAUGUCCAUUCAAUGAUCCGAAUGAGAGCGAGAGAAAAGACACCUAAGGACCAAAACCCAUCAAGUCGUGCAAGAAGACUAUAUAUAGGACAUCGUUUCUGAUCACCUUAGAAGACACCACAUUUUUAAGUCUUCGGGGACCGAGAUGGAAUACGUAAUGUACAGAGAAUAAAGAACUGGACUUACGCCCAUGUAAAUCCCCAUCCAUCUUCAAGAACACUCUUCAUUUUGUAAAAUACUAGUCUUUAUUUUCCUUUUUUGUAAAAAAUACACCCAAAUAAAUUGAAGAACAUCAUAUGCGCAGUAAAAAUGAAUCAAGACUUAGCGGGAAAGUAAUGUUUCCAAGCAAUUAUAAGAUAUGUCCUGUGUCUAUGUAUCUCUGUUUUGUAUUUUUUUCUGGUUCUAAACCAGGUUUUCUGUGAUUCUAUACUAAUGAUUUUUGAUAUAACCUUUUGCUUCUUAUAAUGAGUGCGAUAUAUGUUGUUGAAGCUAUGUUCUCCAAGAAUUAAAAUUGAAGUGAGAAUUUAAAACAUAAAAUAAAGAAAAUUUUAGACAAAUAAGAAACCGUCUAAUCGCAAUGACAAUAUUAUCACUGAUGGUUGAACAUCCCCCUCCAACCAUGCAAUGGACAUGAAACUCGACGGAUAACUGACCUCACGGACUUUAAUGGAGAGGAAGCCCAUCAAACUUUUUUUCUUGGUCAUGUGUGUGUGUGCGUGCGCGCUUGUGUGUUGAGUCAAUCAUCAUUCAAAGAAGAACUACAUGAAAAUCAAAAAGCACUUUUAAUAUAUCAUUUUCAAAAAUACAUUUUGUUUGUUUCGUCUUGAUGUGUUUGUUGUUUCUUGAGUUGUAUUUUGUGUCGCCUUUCAUUUGUUUGGUUCAUGACUGCUGACUGGUGCUAAGGGCUUUGUGGGUUGGCCAUGGGUUUAGCUGAUAGAUGUGUUGGCGACUGUGUAAGUAAAAAAAAAAAAAGAUAAGAGUCAUUGUGUUGUGUUUACCUUAUGCUUUCAUGAUACAGUAUACAGGUGGUCUUUCAGUUCACAUGUUCAUAUCAUAAUCCGCUGGUAACCUAUGGGGCUGCUGGAUUUUUAUUACGCUGAAUUGCCUCAUCGUCAUCAAAUGCACGUAGGCUCAUUUGAUUAAAACAAAGGCUUUAAAGCAUUUUGCAAUGCAUUGAUAGGAAACAAUUACGCCGAUGUCGGCUUUAAUGAGAGCGAUGUGAGAUUACUGUACUUCCUCGGGUGGUCCUUCAGAUGUGAAAACACCACAUAUGUUACAAAUGGAGAUAUUUGAUUUCCCAUUUAGACGCCUCUGCCCUUUACGUUCAUGCUUACCUGCUUAUUGCAGUGUAUUGUGUAUCAUGAUAAGAUACUAUAGGUAGAACGCUGCGGCGGUUGCCACUGCUUGUUGCAAGGUAUCGUGGGCGAAACUACAUUUAUGUUCGUUUACUAUUAUCCCAGGCAUCAGUGUAAGUCUAUACGAUACAGACAGUUUUUGCCUUUCAACAGAGACACCGAAUGAUGCUUUGACGAGGUGUGGAAAUAGGUCCAGAAAUAAGAGAAGAAACCCUUGAGAAAUCGGGCAUUGAUAACAUUUCACAUGUAACGUUGUAAAAAGGGUGUUGCGGCAGCUGCAAGGCAGCAGUUAUAUGCGUGAUCAAUCUGGGAAAUGUAUACUGCUACAUGUAAGCUGGUCGAUAGCAGCACUAAAUGUGAUGCAUUGUAUGCUGAAUAGGGAGCAGCGCGAGGAUAGCCGUAAAUGAGAGGGAGGAAAUAGCAGGAUACCGUUCGCUUCCUUUGGACUCCCAGUUUAUGCGAACGUCUUCCCCUUUUUACACGCUGAAUGUUGUAACAGCAUUGACAAAUAAGCUGUCGUGUUGGAAAGGAAAAUGACUCGCCCUUUCCUGCGCGAUGUGUGUGUGUGUGUGAGAGAGAGAGAGAGAGAGAGAGAGAGAGAGAGAGAGAGAGAGAGAGAGAGAAAGGAAGAGAGAGAAAGAGAGAGAGAGAUGGCAUCGCCCCCUUUCCUAUUAUUAAUAGCUGUGUGGCAAGUGUGGUCCAGUGAGAUGAACUUUGACAGCAGGAGGGUUACAUGCCUUUAUGGGUCAGUCGUGUCAUUUGAGAAAAGAGCAAACAUAAGUAGAGAUGAUACAUGUUUUAGCCACCCAACAUUUAAGACCUUGAUAUUAUUUCUUUUAACUUCACUUGUAUGCAUCAAACGGCUGUAUUCUUGCAUCCGUGUGAGAAGAGUUACAGGAAUUUAGCCUAGAGCUAAGACUGACUUGGCUAUGGUGUCAUACAUGGGUUUUCGAAUACCUCUGAUAAAAGUUGAUUUCUUUGUUUUGUGAUGAUGUGCUGUUGCCUGAUAUUUGUUCGUUUAAGACAAUAAAGAACGAAACGCAUUUAAUAUAGGCCACAAGCCACGCAUGCAAACUAUAUAAUUCAUGGAUUUUUUCAGAAUAAAGUCAAUUAUCGCUAAGCUAAGCUAAGCAAAGCAUACACAUUAAUUACGCAUAUCAAACAACCACAACAGUUUUGCAUCGGCAAAAUGACGCAGGAGUAGGCUAGUGUAUCUGAAGCGUGUUGAGUUCGGCAAAAUUCUAAAGUUUAUGAUCCAAUCAAUGUACUAACACAUGUUGAUGUACACCUCUGACUCUUCUGAAUACUUUAUAAAUAAUUGAGCUGAUGAUGUCUGUAUGUAGGCCUAUGUAAUGACACAGUGCUUUUGCCUUGUCUUGCAAAGCAAAACGCUGUGUAUUUUUCACAGCUGGAGGAUCUGAAGGGUCUGAUCUUUUAAACUUAUUAUGCAAUGUCUUGUUUGACCAUAUUAUUGAGUAUAAUAUUAAAACACUUCCAAGACUUGGAAUAAUGACUUCAACCUA